GCAGGUACAGCAAUUGAAUUAUCUCUGUUUUAUACAGUACAGGUGAGCGGCACUACCACAGUCGAGUGGAAAUCUGCAACUUUCAUAUUUUGUGUCACAUGAAAAUUAUUACGUUUUUACUCAACCGUAAUCAACGGAAUUCAUAAAUACAUAUCUGUGUUUCAUAACGGAACUCUUUAUUUUGAUGAAGAUAUGACCGAUUCCCUUUUUUACAGCAAGAUAAAUUGUGGAAACAGGAUUGUACCAGUAUAAAAGCAUCACGUGAUUCAUUAUGAAGUGAAGAUGAACCAGAAAGCUCAAGUGUAAAUACUCAAACCAACAAUGAUAUUCCGGAAAUGGCAAAAGAAAACCUACAUUUAAAAUUUUUGUUAUUGACUUUAGUCGUUGCCCUUGCAUGUUUAAUUCUCACAGUUGUAAACGAUUUGCAAUUUCCUACUGACAUACAACAUGGAAAACAACAUAUACAUAGCCGAAUUAUGUUAGGGAAACCCGAAAAGGAACCAAGAGAACAUCAUCAUCCAGUUUAUAAAAGAAAAAUCCUGUCAAAAACAACUUAUCCUAUUGUGGUAUCCAGACCGUAUAAAAUUAACAAUAAGAACAUUUGUUCUGGUGUUGAUAAAGUUUCGUGUAUAGUCAUGGUGCAUACCGCGCCACAGCAUUUCGAAAGGAGAAUCCGAAUGCGAGCAACUUGGCUAAACUCAACACACUACAGUCCCGAGAGUGUCCGGGUAGUUUUUCUGUUGGGAUUAGUAGCUGAUCCAGUUUUACAAAUAAAAUUAGAAUACGAAAGUAAAAUUUAUAAAGAUAUAGUGCAAGGAUACUUCAUAGAUUCAUAUAGAAAUUUGACUAACAAAGGUGUAAUGGGUUAUAAAUGGAUUACUGAACAUUGUAGAAACGCUGAAUUUGUUGCUAAAAUUGAUGAUGACGCUUUUAUAAACUUCUUUAAAUUAUUCGAAGAGAUGUCAUACUUGAAGGAAAAGAAGAAAUAUAUCAAAUGUAAUAAAAUUUCUAAAGGUUCAAUGAAAAUCAUACGAGAAAAUGACAGCAAGUGGUUUGUUCAAAAUGACGAAUUCAAAGAUAUGAAAAGAUAUCCACACACUUACUGUAGUGGUUUUACAGUGUUUCUGUCAACAGACUUAGUACCAAUGCUAUAUCAUGCCGCCAUUGGGUCACCAUUUUUCUGGGUGGACGAUUUUUAUCUAUUCGGAUUACUUCCUUCCAAAAUUCAGGGUGUUAUACAUGAUGGCCUUCGACCAAAUUUGACGUUGAGAUUUCCAGAAGGUUUUAAUUGUUAUCAAGAACAGGGUAGAAAAUGUCAGUAUGUAGUGAUGCCGGCUAAAGAUAAAGAAAUAUACAGAAUGUGGACGGCUGUUAUAAGAGAUAGAACGCAGAGUAUAUAUGGCAAUUACUACAUGAACCUACCGACUAAUGCAUAACAUGUUCGUUAUUUAUAUUGAAUGUGAUAUUUAUUUUAUUAUAUUUUAUUUAUAUUAUAUUUUAAGUUAAAUUCUUAUAUAAAACAAAUCAAAAUUGG